GCGAAAGCGAGCGAGAAACUACUGAAGCGAGGCGAAGAUGCUGCUGCUGCGCGGCGCCAGGGCGGCGUCGGCGGCAUCCACCGCGGUGGCCGCAGGCGCCAGCGCACGCAGGUCCAUAUCCAUGCGGCUCACCGCCAUGGCCGCCAUGUCCUCGGGCGGUAGGAGGAGGAAGGGCCAGCGGCGAGGCGAGGCCAAGUCCCCACCCCCGUCCCCGCCGCCGCCACCGCCGCCCCUGCCUCGGCACGGCGAGACCCCGAGCAGCAAGAAGAAGUCCGGCGCGAGGCCAUCGGUCGAGGCCAAGAAGAACCGCCCGGCGGAACUGGAGGAAGCGCGCGGCCCGCGGAGGCCGGAGGGCGGCGAGGCGAGGAAGGGGGGUGCGCAGCAGCGGCCGCAGGAGAAGGCAAAGGCGAAGCGGGCGGUGCGGUGGAAGUGCGCGAGCGGGUGCGGCGCGUGCUGCAAGCUGGACAAGGGCCCCGACUUCCCCACCCCCGACGAGAUCUUUGCCGACCACCCCGAUGACCUUCAGCUGUACAGGAGCAUGACCGGCGACGACGGAUGGUGCAUCAACUACGACAAGGCCACCCGCACCUGCAACAUUUACCAAGACCGACCUUCGUUCUGCAGGGUGGAACCAAAGAUUUUCGAUGAGUUCUUUGGCGUGCCACGCAGCAGAUUCGAUCGGGAAGCUUGCAGUGCUUGCCUGGAUAACAUCAAGAUGGUGUAUGGUGAUGACUCUGCUGAGCUCAGUAACUUCAAGCGUGUGAUAAGGGAGGAAAGUAAUAAGCUGGAAGCAAGCAAGAACCAACAAGAUAAAUUGUUGGAUACAUAGAUCCCAGGGCAUGAAUCUGCUAUAAAAUCACCGAGGAAAACCGAGAAGCUAACAAUGUGCAAACGCGGAACAUGCUGAGCGAGAUACUCAGUGGAGGCAACCUAAACAGCUGCCACGACAACUCUGACAUGCGAGUGCACACUUCAGUUCUGAACGUAUUCACGAUACUUUCUUCAGUGAAGCCUGGUGGCAAGAGCCCAAGAGUUUGUGGUAUUCUUUAUUAUUGACAAUUGUUUCCGGCGGCACAGCAUAGUACUAUAGUAGUAGGUUUUGAUUGGUCCCAGACUGUUUGUUUUUCUUUAUCGGGACUGUUAGUUGAUUUCGGACCUACACUCAAAAUUUGGAUCCUAUAAGAAAUGCUGGUUGUUUUCUACAUAUUUUUCGAUCUUUUUCCAAGCCAUACUAGCUUGUUAUUCAAAUGUGGUGCCCGUUCAA